AUGGAGACCAGGAGAAAAGUGAGAAGGAUCAUAAAACAGGAGAAUGAGGACUCUCGACUCGCUGAGAACAUAAUACGUGAGCAUGUAGAGAAGCAGAGGCUGCGAUUGCAGCAGGAGGAACUGGCUCAGAGAGAAUCUGAGGCCAGAGACGAGUUAAGCACUGAGGUGAAGCGUGAACUCAAGCAGAAGAGAGAGCAGCAACUUCUGCAGAUCCAUCUGGUGCAAGAACAGAUGAAGACAGGCCACCAAUGUGGGCAGGAGUCAGAGCGCAGGAAGGCCCAGCGAAGGUGGCGGCGUACGGAAAAGUGUUCACAGAACAAUAAACGCCUUCUGGAGGAACGGCAUAAAAGUCAGGAGCAGGAGGAGAGAGAGACCCAGAAGAAGACAGAACAGGAAGAGUACGAGGAGCAAGUGGAGAUGGCCAUCCAUAGAGCUUCCAUGGAAGACCGUAUCGCUCUUCCUCUGGGCCAAAGAAACGGUGAAGUCGAUAACCGUCUUCACUUCUAUAAGGACGGACAAGGCUUCAUCGUAAGCUCCAAGAGGAAGUUUGAGACUCGUCAGUCUUUAAUUUUGACCGACGAGGCGCCCAAAAAACAGGUGACACUACCUCAAAGCAACACCACUCCAAAACCAAAGAGUGUGAAACAAAAUCUCAACCCGGGCGGCAAAGCGAAGCGAAGUCCCAGGUUUGGAUCCAGACACAUUAGCCGUGAUGUUCCACCCACGUCCCCCCAUGACAUCAAGGCAGCCUGGAAGAACCGGAACGUACAGAACCAGCCACACGGUUGUCAGAUUCCCCCAAGGCCUAGCAAACGACUCCAAAGUCCCAAACAAAGUCGCUCCAAUCCUCACAACUCCCCAACAUGUGAGACCCCACAUUAG